ACUUCUUCAUCUUUUUACUCAAUGUGCGAUUGAGACACAUGCUCAUUUCCUCAAAAACUAGCGUAGUCUACAGUUGAUGCCUGUUGGUGUGUUAAAAAAAUCUAAAGUUCUAUCAUAUGAUAUACGUUGGUGUUAUUACUGAACGUUUCGUGUGACAAGGGGCGCGCAUUGCGCAACUCCAAGCGAAAAUCAACGGUGACGGCUGGGUGGUGUGAUAAUCGGUGGUAAUUGUAUGGAGAUUGUGAAAGUACACGUAAAUCUUAAAAGUUGAAAGGAAAUAAUCAAACAGUAAUAUCGAAAUAUAAAAAAAAUAUGAAGAAACGAAUGGGCGGUUCGGACGGCAACAGUUCGGCCGAUGAAAGUGGCGCUGAAUCUCAAAGUGCAACCAAUAGCAAUGCUGCCUCCGCAAAAUCAUCGAAACCACGUAAUUCUUCGUCCAUUUCAAAAGAUAAAGGACUGGACGAAUACGCUGAAACGUUCGUGAUUGUAAAUGAACGGCCAGUAGAUGAUAUUUCACUUGAUUUCUUUUAUAAACCGCAUACAAUAACACUAUUUGCAAUAUCUGUACUAUGUAUGAUGUUCUUUGCCUAUGUCAGAAAUGAAACAAAUAUUGAGGAUAACAUUUGGGCUGGAAUCCUGUGUGCGGUCUUUUUCUUCUUAAUCAUCUCGUUAUUGGCGUUCCCGAACGGUCCAUUCACCCGUCCACAUCCGGCAGUAUGGCGUAUUAUAUUCGGCUGUUCGGUGUUAUACCUGCUAAUGCUACAGUUUUUCAUGUUCCAAAAUUACAAAACGAUCAUGAAUAUAUUCUACUGGCUGGACCCGAAAUUGGAACACUUCCACAUCAACAUGGAAAAGGAAUAUGGUGCCAAUUGCUCAGAUCUGAGCUUUGAUCGCAUAUACAGCACAAUCGACGUAUUCGCGUGGGGACACUUUCUCGGUUGGGCCUUUAAGGCUGUGCUCAUACGCCACGCUGGCAUUUUGUGGGCCAUCUCAGUUAUGUGGGAGAUAACAGAAAUCACUUUCGCGCAUUUGCUGCCAAAUUUCGUUGAGUGUUGGUGGGAUGCGCUCAUCUUGGACGUGCUCAUUUGCAAUGGCCUUGGCAUUUGGGUGGGUUUGAGAAUUUGCAAAGCGCUUGAAAUGCGUGAAUAUAAAUGGGCGAGCAUUAAGGAUAUCUCAACGACUACGGGUAAAAUUAAGCGUGUUGUCUUGCAAUUCACACCGGAAAGUUUUACAUCCAUACGAUGGCUGGAUCCAAAAUCGACAGCGAUGCGUUUUGCAGCUGUAUGCCAGCUGGUUAUAUUUUGGCAGGUGACUGAACUCAACACAUUCUUCCUGAAGCACAUAUUUGAAAUGCCACCAGAUCAUUACCUUGUCGUUGGACGUCUGGUAUUCAUUGGUCUCGUCGUAGCGCCCUCAGUGAGGCAAUACUAUACCUACGUGACGGACACGCGUUGCAAACGUGUUGGCACCCAAUGUUGGGUGUAUGGCGCUAUUAUGGUCUCAGAAGCAAUACUUUGCCUGAAGAAUGGCAAAGAACUAUUCGAACGUACACAAGGCAUUAAUAUUGUCUUGUGGCUAAUUACACAAGUUAUCUUAUCCGUGGCCUUUGUUUACGGUUGCAUGUUGUGGCAUCGUGCGCAAGACAAGUAUAAUAAGUCAACAGAAUCGCCGAGCAAAAAGGGCAAAACACAAAAUGCUAAUAAUUCGCCAAAGCACGAACAAAAAGGCAAGAAAUCACCAAAAAAAUCUCCAAAACGCAACGUACAGAAAAUUGAAUAAAAUUUAAAACUCAAACCUAAACAGAGACAAAAACUCAAAUAUAAAAAGAAACACCAAAAACAAAUUUGUUUAUAAAAUACGACUUCGCUUCCCUGUAUAGCAAAAUGUAUGCGUUCAUACAUUAGUAAAGACAACAAACAUGAAAUCCGAAUUGUUCACGCAAAUAUUAGUAUUCUUUUAAGAAAUGCGAUCAGUAUCCAAAACUCACAACUUUUUGCGUUUUUUUAUUUUUAAAUUAACAAAAUGGGAAGCAAUAAUAUACAUACAAUGCACGCAAAUGGAUGUCCGUACUCAUAAAAGUAAUUGUAAGACACCUAAAAGCAAGAUGACAAAAAGUUUGUUUAGAAAAAACUAUAUCAAAGUCGUUAUCGACACAAUGAAUGCAAAAAAAAAUCGGAAAAAAAUGUAAUCUAAAAAUAAUUUAAAUGUAAGACAAAACAUUAUAUAGUUAUAUGUAUAUACAUAUAUCUAUAUAUAUAAUAAAAAAAAUAUAAAAAAAAUUAAAAAAAUCAUUAUUUUGUAAAUUAAAGUUUGAACUGGGCGCUGAUAAUUAUAAAAAAGUUGGAGGAACUCUAAGAAGCAUAUACAUAUAAUGUAAAAUUAAAAAAAUGUAAAAGAAUGAAGUUUAAAGGGGUGCUUAGUAAUUAGCGUAAAACUUAAGGCAUACUUAAAAACUGUAAAAGCAAGUUAUGUAAAUAUUUAUUUUCAUAUAAAUUGCCUAACUUAUUUUUUAUAAACACAUUGCAUUAAUUUGUUGUAAUGUAAAGUGUGUGUAAGUUUUUUUUUAAAGAACAAACCAACGUUAAAAGCAAAUACGCUUUAAAAAUGCAAACAACUAUACUCAAACGCAAAUGCGCUUUAAAAAGACAAAUUAAUUUAAGUCAGAGUUUAAGUAAUACAAAAACAUGUGCAUAUAACUACAUAUUAAUACAAUAUGUAAACGUAUAUAGCAUUAGCUGCUGGCUUUGUCAACAGUUAAGCGAAGCACGUGAAUUGUAGUUAAGAUUUUUGGGUUAUGAUAUUAAAAUAAGUAUGAAGAAACAAUUUGAAGUGAACGCAAAGGAAAUGCUCAAUUGUUUAUUAAAUGCUUAUGAUAUAAAGAUUUAUUUUUAAUUUUGUUGCUAAAAGUGAUGAGCAAAAACAUUUUAAGUACUGUACUUAUUUAUGAUAGUGUAAUUGUUUCAUUACUAUAUCGAAAUAGCAAAACGUUAAUUAUAACAAUAGAAUUUCAAUAAUAAUUUGCAAAUUAAAAAAUAAAUAAAUAAAAUAAAAACAAAAGCUUAAGUACGUGCUUUUGUUUUUAUGCGCUAUGUGGCAUCCUUGAAUUGACAAGCCAACUGUUAAGUGUUAUAAUAAUAAUAUCAACAAAUUAUACUUAAGGCGAAUGUCAUUGUUAUUGAAAAAAUAGAGAAAAACUUUUAAAUUACCAUAGAAAAAAAAACAAAGGCAAUUAAGUGAAUAAAAUUAAAAGAAAUAGAUUUGUUAUACACCAUAGCGUUAAGAAAAAAAAUAUAAAUGUAAAAACUAUAUAUGCAGCAAGGAAUUCGUAAAACGUAAUUUAAAUAAAACUGACACUCACAAAUGUGACAUUCCUGUAGGAGUGUAAUCGCGGCAUGAUAUUUCGAAAAUUUUAAAAUCUAGCUAAUAAAUGUAAAGUAGUUAUAACUGCUAAUUUGUAACGCUCACUAUAACUGAUACAAACGAAAUUCCAUAUGCCAUACAAUCGCAUAUUUCAAUUUGUUAUUGGAGUUACGUUAAUAGCAUAAUAAUAAAAAUUUCAGGUGUUAGAAUAAAUUCUACAAUUGAUUUCAUAUAUUAUGAAAUGCAAACAUCUUUGUAUGUACUUUAACCAAAGUUUAUCCUUAAUUUAGUUUAAGUUUGGUACAAAGUGUUCGUACUUUCGAAAAAUAGUUAGCUAAAAUAAUUAUAUAUCGUUUAGAAACCAAAAUAAAGAUAAUUUUAUUUAAAAUAUAUAUGAAACAUAAAUUUGUUUUAUAAAAGUCAUUAAUUUUUACUUGAAAACAAAUAAAUAAAAGCUAUUUUUCUUAGA